AUGGCAGAUACAAUUCUCCCAGUCCCUAACUCCACAAAAUCAUACUGGCGGAGCGAACCCCACUGGCUGGAUGAACACCGCUCAACUACACACCUACCGGCUGAAGCAGACAUCGUUAUCAUAGGCACCGGUAUUGCUGGAGUGUCUACGGCCUACCACCUGGUUAAUAAUGUCGAUACCAACAAUGAUACAUCAAAGCCAUCCAUCCUCCUCCUCGAAGCCCGACAGGUCUGCUCCGGAGCAACAGGUCGCAACGGCGGGCAUAUCAAGACGUUACCCUCGAAGAUAGGAGGUCUUAUCGCCGCUCAUGGUAAAUCUAAUGCAGAGAAUAUUGUUCAGUUUGUCCGGGCAAAUAUCUAUGCCGUGAAACGGGUUAUUGAAACGGAGCGUAUCGACGCCGAAGCGGAAUUGAGGCGGAGUUUCGAUGUACCGUUGACUGAGGAGGAUGCCAGCGUUGUCACGAGGGAGUUUGAGGAAUUGCUGCAGGAUGGGUUCCCUCUCAUGCAGGAUGUUUGGUAUGUUGGGGAGAGGUUUGCAGAGCGUGUCACGUCCAUCCACGGGGCAAAGGCUGGUCUCAGCACGCCUGUGCUGUCACUUUGGUCGUACAAAUUUGUGACCCAGCUCCUGGAACGCGUUUUGGCUAAAGGGAAUGCGAACCUGCAAACAAACUCACCAGUCACUGGGAUUGAGACGGCGCAUGACGGGAAAGGAUAUUCAGUCAGGACCGAUCGGGGAGAAGUCAAAACCUCAACUAUUGUGUUCGCGACGAACGGGUAUACAGCAGGCCUAUUGCCGCAGUAUAAAAACGUUAUAACUCCCAUCAAAGGGACUGCGUCGCACAUUACAGUCCCACCAGACUCUCCACGCCCACCGCCGUAUCUAUCGAAUACGUACAAUAUCCGCUAUUCUCCCAAUCGCGUGGACUAUCUAAAUCCACGGCCCGACGGGAGUAUUGUCGUCGGAGGUGGAAAAUGGACAUACGAGGCGCAGAGGGAUCUUUGGCAUAACGUUUAUGAUGAUUCUACGCUGAUUGAGCCGGCGAGACACUAUUUCGACGGGCUCAUGCAGCGCCAUUUCCGGGGGUGGGAGGAUAGUGACGCUACAACAGAGAGUGUUUGGACGGGAAUAAUGGGUAUCACUCCAGAUGGCCUGCCGCAUAUUGGCCGAGUCCCUGGGAUGCCCGGUCAAUAUGUGCUUGCUGGGUAUAAUGGCGGAGGCAUGCUCUUGGCAUUUUUGGCAGCACUUGGGGUUGCACGGAUGAUUAAAGAGGGAAUCUCAUUUGAGGAGACUGGCAUUCCUGAAUGCAUGAAGACGACUCAGGAGAGAUUGGAUGGGAGAUAA